AUCUCCCUACCCUUUUCCCCUUUCCCCUUUUCCCGGGACGUGGGCCCUUGGGUCCCCCGUCCCCUUUGUCACGGAAUCGGGCCUAACGCCCGUAAACCGUUGACAUUCCUCUAGAUAAAACCGUGGUGGGGCACAUCCCAGGAUUUUUGGGUUCACCCUUUAAUGAACUGGCAGCCUCCUAAUUACAAAGGAACACUGGUUGGCUGUGUCCGCUGUGGCAUGCCCACUAUUAAUGGCUUGAAAUUGCUCAGAAAUUUUGAAUCAUACUUUAGAAAAUGAGAAGCAGCUAUGGCGUGAUUAUAUUGAGAAACUCAAGCAAGAGCUUGGCCUCUUGACAGGGAAAAAAUCAAGUUUAACUUUCCCUUUAAAACAAAUAUGGAAUAUUACAUUGGAAAUCACUCAGUCCUCUGAACCAGUAGACCUGGGUAAUCCAACGGAAAAGAUCUCAAUAUCAGAUCUUGAAGCCCCACUUGAGGUGGAUCCCUUGGAGAUCUGACCUGUAGUGAUGCCAAAAACAAAAGAGGUACAGGAUAGACCAGCAGGGGUGCCCCCUGAUCAGUGGCCCCCUACCGAACCCCAAGUAACAGCUUGCCCCUAUACAGCAUCUGAAUUGAUGGAUUUGGUGCAAAGGUUUCAGCAGAAACCAAGGGUAAGUGUACCGGCUUGGUUACUGCGAUGAUGGGAUAUGGGGCAGAGAGUGUUGUGGUCAAUGGACCAGAGGUUUCCAAGCUCCCAUCCAUUACCUCGCACCCUGCCCUUAGGCAAGGACUGUAUGCCACUGUGCAACAUCAUGAGGAGAAUCAUUCCCUAAUGGAUUGGUUGGUGGUGGCAUGCCAUAUCACUUGGCCUAAUAAGGCCGUUAUCCUGGUGCAUGCAGGUUUAUUGUCCUCCACGGAGGACCUCCAAACAUAUAUUCGUGAGAUAGGAAUGAAAGAGGUGAAUUACAAGGAAGCCUUUGAAAGUCCUGAUUUAGUAAUUUCUCAGCCAGAAUGAGGGACCUAAUUCUACAACGGGCACCCUCCCACCAUUAUGGUACUUUAGUAUCUAUAUUGGACCCCCUGGUGGCUUCAGAGGCCAUGAUUCAGCAGGCCGCCCAGUUGGUGGCUGAUCAUGGGGAGACGGAGUGCUCAAGGGCAAGGUGUAGUAUUAGGAGCUCUGGCUCUUCCUAGGCAUCUACCUGGCUGCCCUCCUGGGCAACAGCCUCAUCAGCACAGCUGUAGCCUGCAGCCACCGCCUGCACACCCCCAUGGACUUCUUCCUCCUCAACCUCACCCUCCUUGACCUGGACUGCAUCUCCACCACUCUCCCCAAAGCCAUGGCCAAUGCCCUCUGGGACACCAGGGACAUCUCCUAUGCUGGAUCUGCUCCACAGUGCUUUCUGUUUGUCUUUCUCAUAUCAGCAGUAUAUUCCAUUCACACCAUGAUGUCCUAUGACCGCUUCAUUGCCAUCUGCAAGCCCCUGCGCUAUGGGUCCCUCCUGGGCAGCAGAGCUUGUGCCACCAUGGCAGCAGCUGCCUGGGGCAGCGGGUUCCUCAGUGCUGUGCUGGAAACUGGUAACACAUUGCCACUCUGCCAAGGCAAUGCUUUGGAUCUGUUCUUCUGUGAAUCCCCCUUGAUCCUCAAGCUCUCUUGCUCAAACUCCUAUCUCAGGAAUGUUUGGGCUGUUGUGACAGCUAUCUAUUUAGUUUUGGGGUGUUUUGUUUUCAUUCUUUUCUCCUACGUGCAGAUCUUCAAGGCUGUGCUGAGGAUGCCCUCUGAGCAGGGCCGGCACAAAGCCUUUUGCACGUGCCUCCCUCACCUGGCUGUUGUCUCUGUCUUUAUUAGCACUGCCAUGGUUGCUGUCCUCAUACCCUCCUCCAUCUCCUCCCCCUCCCUGGACCUGCUGGUGUCAUUUCUCUACUCAGUGGUGCCUCCAGCAGUGAACCCCUUCAUCUACAGCAUGAGGAACAAGGAACUCAAGGGUGCUCUUAGAAAAGUCAUUUCACAGGUGUUUCUUUGUCUCAAGGCUGUGAGCCAAACACAAGGUCAGUGCUGACUCUCUUCACAUGUACUUUAUUAAAUUUGAUCUCCACAAUGCGGUGCCUGAAGACUUGGCUCUUCUUCCAAAGAUGGUGUCAAGAAUGAGAUUUAUCUACUACACACCUAAAGGCCUGUUGCUCCGUGGACUCGGGACAGAAAAAGCUCACUGCAGUAUUGUGAUCUGUGAGAGACUGAGGGUAGGAUUUAGGAGUAAACUGUUGUGUUAAAUGAA